GUUUUAGCACAUAAACUUCCACCUGCCCUGUUUCUCCUCAUUGUUAUCUGGUUUAUGCUACAUUUGCUAAUCUUCAGGCAGUUAAGUAGUGCCCCUGUCUAUCUUCGUCCCCAGAAUUUGUCUAUAUUGGUAUGGCACUGGCCCUUUGGAAUAUCCUAUAAUCUGGAGGGAGAUAUUUGUUGGAGCAGAUUUGGCAUCCCUGGCUGCUUCCUUAAUGACAACCGAUCUCUGUUCUCACAGUCUGAUGUUGUGGUCUUCCACCACCAUGAACUUUGGACCGGACACUCCAAUGUGCCUUUGCAUCUGCCCCGUCCACCAAAUCAGAAGUGGCUUUGGUUAUCACUGGAGCCUCCAAUAAAGAACCGCAAUCAGAGUGCUUACAAUGGCUUAUUCAACUGGACAAUGAGCUAUCGCCGGGAUGCAGACAUCUUCAUGCCUUAUGGCAAACUCAUCCCAAAGAAGACAAACAAGACGUUCCUUAUACCACAGAAACAAAAGUGUCUAGUUUCCUGGGUGGUCAGCAACUACAAGCAAGACUAUAUCAGGUCUAAGAUAUUCCAACAACUCAAGCAGUACAUUCCGGCUGAGCUAAUUGAAGUGUAUGGUAACUGGAACAAAAGACCUCUUUCAGCCAAGAAACUUCUCCCCACGAUAUCUAGGUGCUACUUUUACCUGGCCUUUGAGAAUUCUGCAUACCAAGACUACAUUACAGAGAAGCUCUGGCGCAACUCACUGCAAGCAGGAAGUGUUCCGUUGGUCUAUGGAACCUCAAGAGCAAACUAUGAGCGGCUGGUUCCCCCCGAUUCAUUCAUCCAUGUGAAUGACUUUAGUAGCAUUAAGGACCUUGCAGCUUUUCUAAUGCAAGUGGCAUCUAAUAAAAGCCAUUAUGAAUUCUACUUUAAAUGGCAUCACAGCUAUGAAGUUAAAACUUACACUGACUGGAGGGAGAGAUUCUGUAGUAUUUGCAUAUAUUACAACCAGCUUCCUAUGCACAAAGUCUAUCAUGACCUUUACAGCUGGGGAAACAAGUAGGUAGUGGUAGCAGGUGGUGGGGGUAUCACAUAGGAUUCUGAAGACCUGGUUGAGAACCUCUCCACUAUUCAGGGUCUGUAUCCUAAAUGACAAGACUGUAGGAGUAUAGCUGCACUAAAUUAACCCUGGAUGUAAGUGAGAUGCCAUGCAAUAACCCUGUCCAGUAUGUAUUUACUUUUGUGCUCAGUUUUAAGUCUAAGUAGAAUCUGGACCCUCUACAGCCCUGAUCAAUUUAAAGCAGUUAUUAAAGAUGAAAUAACAAAAAAAGACAUUUA